AUGAAUUCAUCAUCAAUUUCGGUAGUCGAUUGUGUCGAUAAAUGGGUGAACAAUAUCCAUGAACAAAAUGUGCAACCUGGGCAAGACAGUAUUGUCGAUAGCGAACCAUACUUGGAAAUGAAGUUUGACUCUGAGGCAGCUGCUUAUGAUUUUUAUAAUGAGUACAGUAAAAAACUUGGAUUUGGUAUUCGCAAAGAAUAUGUAAACAAAAGCAAAAAGGAUGGAGUCUUAACUUCAAGAAAAUUCACAUGCUUCAAAGAGGGCAUACGAGGUGUUGACAAAAGACGUCAGCCGACGGGGGAGCGCAAUAGAGCAGAAACUAGAACGGACUGCCAAGCGCGUAUGGUUAUUCGACUUGAUCGGAAGAUAGGGAAAUAUAAGGUUGUUGACUUUGUAGCUAAACACAACCACCCUCUUCAGCCACAAAAGUAUGUUCACAUGAUUCGCUCUCAUCGGCGCAUAUUUGAGGUACAAGCAUCACAAAUUGUAUUGGGGGAUCAAUCUGGAUUAAGACCAAAAGGUUUACAUGAAUAUAUAUCAAAGCAAGCUGGUGGGUUAGAGACAGUUGGUUUUACAAAACAAGACCUUAAGAAUUACCUUCGAACCAAAAGGAUGCAUUCACUAAAGUUUGGUGAAGUGGGUGCCUUGAUUAAGUAUUUCAAACAUGAAAGUGAAAAUCCCUCAUUCUUCUAUGAUUUUCAAAUGGAUGUUGAUGAUGAAAUAACAAAUAUAUUUUGGGCUGAUGCACAAAUGAUAAAUGAUUAUGGGUAUUUUGGUGAUGUCAUCACUUUUGAUACCACGUAUAAGACAAAUAAGGAUUAUCGGCCAUUGGGAGUAUUUGUAGGACUUAAUAAUCACAGGCAAACAAUCAUUUUCGGGGCAGCAUUGUUAUAUGAUGAAACAAUCCCUUCUUUUCAGUGGUUAUUUGAAACUUUUCUCAAAGCAAUGGGUGGAGCAAAGCCUAAAACAAUUCAAACAGAUCAAGAUGCCGCAAUGGCGAAAGCUAUUUCUUUAGUUAUGCCGGAAACAUUUCAUGGACUGUGCACUUGGCAUAUAAGACAAAAUGCUAUAAGGCAUGUGAACCAUCUAUAUCAAAAGAGUUCACAAUUUGGUAAGGAUUUUGAAGCAUGCAUAGAUCUACACGAAGAGGAAGGUGAAUUUUUACAAGCAUGGAGUUCUUUACUUGUUGAGUAUAAUGUUUCAGAAGGUUCGUGGUUGCAUACGAUUUUUCAAUUGAAGGAAAAAUGGGCAUGGACUUAUGUUCGGAAAACAUUCACAGCGGGUAUGAGGUCUACUCAGUUAAGUGAGAGUUUUAAUGCUGAUUUGAAAAACUAUUUGAAGUCGGAUUUAAAUUUGGUACAAUUUUUUACACACUUUAAAAGGGCUGUCAAUGGUAGACGAAACAAUGAGUCAGAAGAGGAAUAUGCGUCAAGACAUAAGUUGCCUAGAUUGAUGAACAAGGCACGUAUGCUUGUACAAGCUGGAAAAGUUUACACUCCAAAAAUAUUUGAGGAAUUCCAAGCGGAAUAUCAGGAAUAUCAAGACACUUGCAUAAAAGAGGUGAAAGAAGGUUUGUAUGUUGUUACAAAUUAUGAUAAUGCAAAAGAGAGGAUGGUGAUGGGAAAUAUUCAGGAACAAGGAGUUUCUUGUGAUUGUCGUAAAUUUGAGACGCAUGGAAUCUUAUGUAGUCAUGCUCUGAAAGUCUUAGAUGUCAUGAAUAUUAAGUUAAUUCCUGAACACUAUAUACUAAAGAGAUGGACAGGAGAUGCAAGGUUGGGAAGUAAUAAAGAUUGGCAAGGGAAACAUGUUGAAUUAGACGUAAAAGCCGAUUUCAUGAAGCGAUACAAUGAGUUAUGUCCUCGAAUGAUUAAGCUGAUCAACAAAGCUUCAGUUGAUCAUGAAACUUACACAUUUUUGUCCAAAGUUUCUGAAGAGUCCAACAAAAUAAUCGAUGAUAUAUUGGAAAAAAAGCAUGUGGACAAAGAAGCAAGUGGAGUGGUUCAUGUAUCCAUAUCAAUUGCAAAUGAUGAAAUUGAGAACAAUGUGGACACUGUUGGUGGGGCAGCCGGCAUAAAGAAGCGAGAUUGUUCACAUAAGAAGAAAAAACGAGCUAAAUCUUGGGUUGAGAGAUUAGAUAGAAAGAGAAAGACAUGCUUAUCAUCAAACAAAAAAAGACAGUCGUCGCAUCAGCAAGCAAUGUUAUCACAAUCCAGUCAAGUUGAUACGUCGAGACUUGAAGCUAUGUUGACACCAUCAGACCAAGUUGACACAUUGGGUCUUCAACAUCAAGCAACAAGUCAAUUUGGCACAUUGGGAUUUCAAGGCUUGUUGACACCAUCAAGCCAAGUUGACACAUUAGGUCUUCAACAUCAAGCAACAAGUCAAUUUGGCACAUUGGGAUUUCAAGGCAUGUUGACACAUUCAAGUCCAGUUGACAUAUCAGGACUUCGCAAUUUCUUUUAG